AUGGCAUCAAAUAGCACGCUCCCUCUUACCAUGCGCGCUGCACAAUGGCGCUCGAUCAAAGGCGGCAUCGACAAGAAUCUCACCCUCGUCACCGACGCUAAACUACCCAAAAAUGCUUCGUCGCUUCCCAAAGGGCAAACCCUUGUCAAAGUCGCAUACGCAUCGGUCAAUCAUCUCGACUACAAAAUUGCCGAAAUGCCUCCUGCGAGCCUCAUAUUCUCCAAACCCGUCACGCCAGGUCUUGAUUUCUCUGGCACAAUUGUCUCCACGACGUUGAAUGAAUUUCAGUCUGGCCAGAAGGUAUUUGGGAGGACAGAGUUACCGAUUGGUGGAACUCUGGCGGAGUAUGUUGUUGUUGGGAGUAAGGGGAUGGCGGCUCUUCCGGGCAGUGUUGAACUUAGAGAUGCGGCUUGUCUCGGGAUUUGUGGAACGACGGCUUUGCAGUGCAUGUCGCCGUUUGUUAAAGCGGGCGGCAAGGUAUUCAUCAAUGGUGGCAGCGGAGGGGUUGGUGUUUUUGCCAUCCAAGUUGCGAAAGCCCUAGGAUGUUCUCAUGUCACGGUCACUUGCUCCGCUUCCAAUGCUGACUUCUGUCGAAGCCUUGGUGCCGAUGAGACUGUUGACUACAAAUCCGAAGACCCGAUUGAAGUGCUCAAGAAGAAAGAAAACAAGUUUGACUUCAUUCUCGAUACGGUCUUCAACGAUCCAGAUCUUUAUUGGCGAUCCCAUGAGUAUCUCAAGCCCGAGGGGCAGUAUGUUUGCGUCGGUCUGCCGCCACGCUUUCAGACCUUCAAAGCCCUCUUCGCUAUCAAUAUGUUACCGAGAUGGCUGAGUGGUGGGAAGAGAAAGUUCAAGUAUCACUCUGUAUCGGCGAACAGGAAAGACUUUGGACAGUUUGCGGAUUGGAUGAAGGAAGGUAAGGUGAAGGUUAUUAUUGAGGAGGAUUUUGGGCUGGAGGAUGCGGGAAGGGCUUACGCAAGACUGAAGGGGGGUAGGACUAAAGGGAAGUUGGUUGUGCGUGUUGGGGGUGAAGCUGGUGGCGAUGAAUAA